UUAUUAAUUUGUUUAAAUUAUUCUUUCCAGAGUUAAUCUACAUAAAGAUGUGCACAAUAAUAGUAACAAUACGAUCUGUGCUGUGGGCAGUAAUGACCAUAGUCGGUACAUUAAUGAUUUUAGUUGCUCUGUUCACCAAUAGAUGGCUCCAGGGGAGAGAAACUGGACGAAUUACUAGUGUAGGUCAGGCGAUGGAUUCCUUCAUGAAUAUCGCCAACAACGUGGAGAACGUGAUAAAGGACGGCGAGGGAGGGCUGGGUAGUGUACUAGACAAGAAUAUUGGUAUUUUCCUAGACUGCAAGGAGAUAGCAGGACAACAGGUUUUUGCUGGAGAGUGUAUUCCUGACCUUGACAAACUUUUCUCCGAUAAAGGACUGUUCUCGGAGAACGACCAGGACUAUCCUCACGCCUGGAAAGCUGGGAUCGGAUGUUUCAUCAUAGGUCUGGGAAUCAUGGUGUUGACGGUGAUGUUGUCCUUGCUGACCCCCUGCUGCAGGAGCUGUCUCUGCUGCUCCGUCUUCACUGUCUGCGGUUCAUUUCAAUCCUUCGCAGCAAUCCUUUUUACACUCGGCCUUCUCUCAUUCCCAGCAGGAUGGGGAUCCGAGCGUGUUGUACAGGCUUGUGGAAACUCUGAGCCCUUUAUCAUUGGACAUUGUCAGAUUGGAGGAGCCUUCUGGAUGGCUGUG